GCAGCUUGACAGCCAAUCUAUCUCGCCGGCGGCGGACGGGAAAGCGAGCGCUGCAUCGCCGUGGCGAGAGAAGAGAACAGAACUGCAGAAGGGACUAGGUUAUAAAAUAUAGGUCCACAAAUAGGGUGUUUCAUGUAAAUAAUCGGAUCGCGAAUAUCAAUCGCGAUCCGAUUUAGGGUGUCUUGUGGGCUAAAUUACAAAUUUUGUGACCGCCGUCCACUCUGCGAUGCCGAUGCUACCUCCCCCGCUCCCCUUCGGGCGCCGGCGGCGGACGCCCGGCGUCUACAACAAGCCCGUGGAGCCGCAUUGGCUUCCGCCGUAUCUCUUCCGGUUCCGAUUGGAUAACCUGUUCGGCGCGAAGGUGCUCCAGGUAUUCGCCGUCUUCGGCAGAGGACGGCAGCCGGUGGCAGCGACGGGAGGCUGGUCCGGUGGUAGUAGUCAGCAUCCGAAGAGGAGAGGAUGCAUACGAUCUGGAUUUGAGCGGCAGAUAAUAGCAGAUGACUGGGAUGAAUGGACCAAGUGGAUUAGCAGUCGAGGUGGCAUCGGAGUUCCUGCUAACAAAGCUUGGGAAUCCUGGUGGACAGGAGAGCAGGAACAAUUACAUUCUGCAGAUCUACUGGGCUGUUUCUGGGAGAUCAUACUCUCUCAGAUUCUUCAUAUUCCAAUAUGGUAUCAUGUAUCACCCGAAUAUCUCUGCUGGCAACAAAAGCAUCUAUCUUAUGUUCUGGCUUCUUAAGUUGCUCCUUUGCAUUGGAUUUGUUGGAACGCUGGCAGUUCUUUACACUGUUCUGCAUCUUACAGUCUGUGACAUAUUCGCAAGCAUCCUUGCUGACCUUUCAUUUGCUGCACCCACAAGAUGAGCCAGUCUACAGACAUCACAAGCAAGUAAACCGGUGGUCAAGGCAUUUGGGCUGUGGGGGUCUGUCAAGGUUCUGUCGAUGGGGAUCGGAUCUUCAUCCUGAUGGCGGUGCUAGCAUGGUUCCCAUCUGUCUUGGAGUUACAGAUGAGAUCGCUAUUCAAUCAGGCCUUCAGCCGAGGGCUUCCAAUCACUCGUGUCUUGGCUGGCGGCAAGAAGCACAGAUGAUGCUAGUGCAGAUGACAGGAGACAUUUGUAAACACACGUUAUGCGAGGAAUUAGCUCCAGGAUUGCUGUACAUGGGUGACUGGGUGUUGUUGGAGGAUCCUAAGGUUGCUGACAUGCUGACGCUUUCAGAGUUUUCGUUGCACACACAAGGCGUCUUUUUUCCCUCCUUUUUGGCAUUUUCCUUGUAAAUAAAUCUCAUACGACAGUCUUACGUCUUGGUACAAUAGGUUGCAUAUUCUAUAUUGUGCUUGUAUAGAUAGAUGUAGGCAUUUACCCCGGUGCAUCUGAACAUUACCGUUCUUUUAAAUGCAAAGGGUAGAUUAAUUAAUUUCUAUAUAGGAAGCUCUUUAUGUAAAUGUCAGUUCAGAUUGCCUUAUAUUUUCAUGGCUGGAAUUCUA